ACCACAGCAAUAGAAAACGAGCACACUGUAUCUUCUCUCUUUCCAGGCACGCAAGAGAUUUCUCCUUCCCCACGUUUGUGCUGUCGGGUGAAGCCAUACCCUGCUUCCUCACAACACCAUCGACUUUUUACCCCGGUUCGGAGUGCAGGCGUCAUGCUCAGCCUGGGGCGAUGUGGCGACCCUCAGCCAGACAGCCUGUCCAGGCCCAGGAUGACCCCCGUCCUGCCCCCAGACAACGGACCCCGGCCAGCGCCGCCACCCAGGACUACGUGGGGCACCAGGGACGUCGCCACACAGCCCCGAGCAGGAGCAGGCUGGCCCAGGAGGUUCAAAGCAGCCAUCGUGGGAUCCAAGGCCACUUGCCCUUCCGUCUCCACCGUCUGCUUCCUCUUCAUCGUCUUCGUCGUGUCCACCAUCUUCCACUGCCACCGGCGCCUGGCCGUCGUGCCCACCCCCUGGGCCUACUCUGGCCGCGUGGUCCUGCUCCCCCGAUCCCUGCCCCAGGGCGGCAUGUUCACCAUCAACUCCCAAGGGCGCCUGGGGAACCAGAUGGGCGAGUAUGCCACCCUGUACGCCCUGGCCAAGAUGAACGGGCGGCCGGCCUUCAUCCCGGCCGAGAUGCACGGCGCGCUCGCCCCCAUCUUCAGGAUCACCCUCCCCGUGCUGCACCGCACCACGGCCAGCAAGAUCCCCUGGAGGAACUACCCCCUGAACGACUGGAUGGAGGAGCGGUACCGCCACAUCCCGGGCGAAUACGUGCGCCUCACCGGCUACCCCUGCUCCUGGACCUUCUACCACCACCUCCGCGCCGAGAUCUUGCAGGAGUUCACCCUGCACGACCAUGUGCGGGAGGAGGCCCAGGCGUUCCUGCGGCGGCUGCAGGUGAACGGGCGACAGCCGAGCACCUUCGUGGGCGUCCACGUGCGCCGGGGGGACUAUGUGCAGGUGAUGCCCCGGGUGUGGAAGGGCGUGGUGGCCGACCGGCGGUACCUGGAUCAGGCCCUGGACUGGUUCCGGACCCGCUACCGCUCCCCCGUCUUCGUCGUCACCAGCGACGGCAUGGCCUGGUGCCGCGAGAACAUCAACGGCUCCCUCCGCGACGUGGUGUUGGCCGGCAAUGGCCUUCAGGGCUCGCCGGCCAAGGACUUCGCGCUGCUCGCGCAGUGCAACCACAGCGUCAUCACCGUGGGCACCUUCGGGAUCUGGGCCGCCUACCUCGCAGGGGGGGACACCAUCUACCUGGCCAAUUACACCCUCCCAGACUCCCCCUUCCACCGGAUCUUUAAGCCAGAGGCGGCCUUCCUGCCCGAGUGGGUGGGCAUCGCCGCUGACCUUGGCCAGGCCAGAGAGAACAGCCCCUAGACCGCGUGCGCCUCCUAGCUCUCCAGCCAGCAGGCGGGCCCAGGAUCGGGUACCCACGGCUUGCCUCCCCGGGGCGGGGGGGGGGGUUGUCCCCCUUCCCAGCUGGGGGACCUCAAACAAGUGACUAACUUCUCUGUGCCUUUGCGGCUGUGCAAGGCAAACUUGAUACAGGACCUCCCUCAGCAGCUCCCCUCAAGAACCCAGCAAGUCCAUUCAGUGCCUUGGAAACAUGCUGGAAGUGUUGGCCGCUGGGGGGGGGGGGGUGCCCAGGCUGCCCUGAACAGGUGUGCUGCUUUAAGGUGGAAACACAUUUUUCGUCCAGUGUGGAUGAAAGUUGGAUAAAGUGAUCACAGUGUGGGUUUUCUGAUGUUCAGCGUAUUUAGAAGUAUGGAGAUACCAGUAUCUUUUAUCGGUGCAUUACUCCUUUCUGGAUAAAAAAUAUAUAUAUCCUUUUUUUCAA